AUGAAUGAUAAUCAUGAAACAUUCUUUUUUACUCAGAAAUAGAAAAAAAGAAUACAUGAACAAGAUUAUGCAAUGAAAGUUGUCUCUCAUACCAAGGUUGACAAAGAGACUAUCCAAUUGAGUGAAUCAUUGUUUAAUGCUAAAAUUACAGCUAAAUAAUCCUCUUGCAUCAUCAGAGAUAUCCAAAGAAGUGUUUAAUAGAAGAUCAAAUUCUAUGAUGAAUACUUGAAAAGCAGCGACUCCUUUAGAAAGUAAACAGAUAGAAAAAGUUUGAGUCCGGACAUCAUUAAACCUAAAUGUAUCGAACCAACAUUAUAAUCCCAAAAUUAACAUGUUUCUGAAUAGCUUAUCUCUGUAAGACCUAAAUCUAUCAAUCCCAAUUAAUAAUUAAUGCAAACUCCAAUUAAAAGCUAAUAAUCUCGAAAAUCUUAGAAAUAAUAUACUUAAGGCAUUUCUCCGACUAAAAAGUAACAUCAAAAUUCCUUAAAGAACAAAACAAUCAAUAGUUCAUCCCCUCAAAUCAAACCCAAAAGCAACUCCUAAUAUGUGCAAUAAAAAGAAAGAUAAAGUUGUUACUCUAAGCUUCAAAUUAAGGAACCACAAAAGGAAUAGGAAUAAAAUUAAAUGGACAUUGCUUAAUCUACAAAUAGAGCUUAGACUGCUAGACCUACUGCUAUUGCAGAGCGAAAUGAAGAAUGGAAACAAAAACUUAAAAAUAAGAGGGAUAACCAAUAGAAAAAAUAAAAAGAAAAAGAAAUGGUUGAUUGUACAUUCAAACCUAGAAUUAAUACUUAGACUAAUGGAAAGAGGUUUUAAAAAAGUGUUAGUAAAGAAUUUUAAACAGAAAUCAAAGAAUUAAUGCACUUAAUCGAUAAUUAAAGUCCUGUAAAAACUAAAUAAUGA